AUGAUCGACGUCCUCUUCACCGCCGAGGCCUACGGCCCCCCGCUGGAGGAGAUCACCAGGCUCAUCAGGGCGUCAGAAGGGGACGAGGAGGUCAGGAAGGCAACCGCCGAGGAGAAGUUUGGCCAUCUCAAGCCGUUUGUCCUGCUGGACUCCUACAAGAACGAGAUGAAGCUGCAGCUGACCGGCAGCGCGACGAACCCUUACGUGCACAUGGGGGCCAUGGGCAAGGGCGAAUCGAUCAAAUCUUGCGCGGCGCACGUCGUGCACACGGGCACGUGGGCGUACCUUGACCCCAGGUCGUCUUCGCUGGGCCAGCCGCACCCAUCGGGUACCCCUCCUGGUGGUUUGAAUUCAGCAGCGAGCAGCCAACGGCCUUGA